ACAAAGUGUGUUCAAUUUACAUCGAUAUUUCUGCAGUCAUUUCUCUUGUGUGGUAAAUCAAGAGAAUCAAAAUAUGUUUACCGCCGAGGACGUGCUUGAGGAUGCAGCAACAGUCUUUAUGUGUAAUCAAGUGCUGACCGGAGCCAAGCGUGAGCAUCAAAAACACGGCUCUGCAAUCAGAGCACUUCAAACACACGAGCGUCUGCUGGAAUAACAAUAAGCCUGAGCGCAGGAGGAGCUUUCAAUCACACAACUGCACCGGACACGUGAACUCAUCAGAUGCUGGGAGAGAUGAGGAGGUGUGUGAUGUCUGAAGUGUCUCUCAACCCCCUCCUCUGCCUCCAGACGCUCAUCUCCUCUCAGCCUCGUUUCAAGCACACCACAUCAGAUCUCUCUGGAGCGAACGCACGAAACCAUCAGACAAGCAGGUAAAACAUCAGUGCGCUGAAGUCAGAGGAAGACUCUUCGGAGUUUAGGAGAGGAUGUUCGAAGACUUCAGAAGCACUUUCUUCACCACCACUUGAACCUGAAAAGCAGCAUGACCGGCCAAGUGUUGGUGGAGAGCAUGGAUUUAUCAGCUCACAGACUGUCUGUGAAGACGUCUGUUGAAGAUGAGUCAGAGCGUGCCGACAGCACUCUCAGCCGUGGUCAGUCCGUAUGUGAUGACACAUCCUCAGAAUUGCAGCGAGUGGCCACCCUUGAACCGCGUGGACUCAACUCACAGAACUCCUUCCGUGGCCGAGGGGCGCUGUCGAGGCUGGUGAGUAUGGUGGUCACUCUUAGAGAAUGGGCCCAUAAAAGCCUCCAGGAAGAGGAGGAAAGGCCAGAUUCCUUCUUAGAGCGCUUCAGAGGACCUGAACUCCAAAUCGCUCCCAGUCGAAUAAGCAUCAGACCUGAUCACGACGGAAACAACAGUGCCAAAUCCAAGAAAAAGUCUGAUGUUUUUAUACUGGCACCCGCUGAUGACCUGUACUAUCGCUGGCUGUUUGUUAUUGCCACAGCUGUAUUGUACAACUGGUGCUUUGUGGUGGCUAGGGCCUGCUUUGAUGAGCUUCAAACCAGGAACUUCAUUCUGUGGCUGGUUUUGGAUUAUCUCUCUGAUGUCAUUUAUAUACUGGACACCUGUGUGAGACUGAGAACAGGUUUUCUUGAGCAGGGUCUUCUGGUGAAGGACCUUACCAAGUUAAGGGAAGGCUAUUUUCAUACAAUGCAAUUCAAGCUAGACCUGGUAUCCAUUCUACCCACUGAUCUAGCUUACAUCGCCAUUGGCAUUCACGUGCCAGAGCUGCGUUUCAAUCGACUGAUGCGCUUCUCACGUCUGUUUGAGUUCUUCGACCGCACGGAGACCCGCACAAGCUACCCCAACAUGUUCCGGAUUUGCAACUUGGUGCUCUAUAUCCUAGUCAUCAUUCACUGGAACGCCUGCAUCUACUUUGCCAUCUCCAAGUCUCUGGGAUUUGGAUCCGACCAGUGGGUCUACCCAAACAUCUCUGACCCUGAGUUUGGGACACUCACUCGAGGAUACGUCUACUGCCUCUACUGGUCAACCCUCACACUGACGACCAUUGGGGAAAUGCCGGCUCCGGUGCGAGAUGAGGAGUAUCUUUUUGUUGUUUUUGAUUUCCUCGUUGGUGUUCUCAUUUUUGCCACCAUUGUUGGUAAUGUAGGAGCCAUGAUAUCAAACAUGAACGCCACACGGGCUGAGUUUCAGGCUCACAUCGAUGCCAUCAAACACUACAUGCAGUUCAGAAAGGUCAGCAAAGAGCUGGAGGCCAGAGUCAUCAAAUGGUUCGACUAUCUGUGGACCAACAAGAAAGCAAUUGACGAGCAAGAUGUCCUAAAGAAUCUGCCCAACAAACUGCGGGCUGAGAUUGCUAUCAAUGUGCACCUGGACACACUGAAGAAGGUCCGUAUCUUCCAGGACUGUGAGGCUGGGCUUUUGGUUGAACUGGUGCUCAAGCUACGGCCUCAGGUCUUCAGUCCCGGAGACUACAUCUGCCGAAAGGGAGACAUUGGAAAAGAGAUGUAUAUCAUCAAAGAAGGUCGCCUUGCUGUUGUGGCCGAUGAUGGGGUGACCCAGUAUGCACACUUGACCUCCGGAAGCUGUUUUGGAGAGAUUAGCAUCCUCAACAUCAAAGGCAGCAAAAUGGGCAACCGACGCACAGCUAACAUCCGUAGCAUUGGCUACUCUGACCUCUUUUGUUUGUCAAAGGAUGACCUGAUGGAGGCUGUAAUGGAGUAUCCGGAUGCUAAGAAAGCUCUGGAAGAGAGGGGAAGACAGAUCCUUCUGAAAGAGGGUCUGCUGGAGGAGUUGGAUGCAGGUGGAAUGGGAGAAGAACGGGUUGAGGAGAAAGUGGAGAGGCUGGAAGCUUCUCUUGAAAUGCUACAGACUCGGUUUGCUCGGUUGCUGGCCGAGUACACAGCGACUCAGCAGCGUCUGAAGCAGAGACUGACAGCUCUGGAGUGUAGGACGCGGCACUCUGGCAGUGGAUUCCUCUCUGAUGGCAAUGAAAGCACUGUUGAUGGCGACGGUACACGCAGUGAGGUCAACAUCCAGCUCUGAGUACUUGCUUCUAAGACAUAACCUUAUGCGGUAGUGUUAAUGACUAUUCAAUAGGAAUAAUGUAUGAACAAUCAUAGUUACGCAAUUAUAUAUUAUUGAGGUCAUAGAACUGACCUCAAUUGACUGUUGAACGAACAAUCUUUUGUCCACCCCACUUAAAGAUGUGUGAUGUUUUGUUAUUAAAAAAAAUUAACCCAUAAAUAUGAACAGCACUUUUUAAGAUUAACCAUUAAUUUGCGUAAACAGAUGAGAGUCUACACAUAUCAGUCUUCAAGAAGGAAACAAACUAAAUCUUCUAGAAUUCUAAGAUAAAUGCACUGCACGCAUCUCACAAAACGUCUCACUUCUCCCAAAAACAAACACAUAAUGCCAAGUUUAAUCUCGGGCUGCAGUGAACACUAUUUAGAGUCCCAACUUUGCACGUGGUACCUUUGCACAGGAGAGGUUCAAGUUCGAAUCCAGGCAACCGCAACAUUUGUGAAUUGUUUGUAUAAAAGGGGGUUUGUAUGAAAUAAGAUGUGUGUGUAACGGAAACGUUCAAUCCUUACAAUCACUGUAAGUACACUACAAAGAAAUAUUGUUUUCCAGGGCUCUCGAGGUACAAUUAAAUAGAAGUCCUGGAUGAAGUAGAUUUUAAGUGUAUUUUAACAGUUUUAUACAUUUUUGAUAUCAUACAAAAGUUAAUGAUAAUAAGUGACAAUUUUAGGAAAACUGUUAAAAAAAUUACAGUUACAGCUGCACUUUUUGUCUCAGUUCAGGUCAUCUCUCUCCUAAUAAGCUGAUUCUGUAAAUCAGGUGCGUUAAAUAAGGAAGACAUGCAAUGAUCUACUUGAUUCAAUGUGUCAUUCUUAAAGAGAGUCACUUGCUUUAUUACUAAAUGAAUCAGCCGUUUGAACGAAGCGAUUGAAUGGAUGAUUCAGUGACAAAUACAGUGACUUUCUUUUUCAGUUUAAUUUUUUUAUAAUAAAUUUACAUUUCUAUAUUCAAAACUUUAUAUUUAAAGCAUUAAUUUCAUAACAUUAUCAUUAUGAGAUGCAUUAAUGCCACCUCUGAGUCUGUAAACGUUCAUGAAUGUUCUGUACACUUGAGUGUAACUUAUUCUUCCUGAUUGUAUCUUAUUGAAUUUAUUGCUUAUUAACAUUUUUGAUAAAAGUAUAUAUGUCUAA